UCUCCUUCAGUUUCAAAUAAAAAAACCUUCAGCCAUAGCGCCGCCAUGCCUCCGACGGCAGUCGCUGCGGCUAUAAACACAAAAACCAACGCAGAGAUGAUGAAUCUCCAUAGCGGCGAUGAAGAAGACGACGGCGCCGCCGCCGCACCUAGGAAAUGGCUGGAAGGAGGCGAAUCUAAAAGGGGUUGAGUGGAAAUCAUAACGGAGAAUCUCCAAAAAAUCAAGGAUUUCGCGAUGUGAAGAGCGAAUCGAGCAACAACAACCUUUAAUCGGCGGAAGUGACGGUGAUGAGCGGCGGUGGAAAGCUUUUCAGCAUCGAAGAAUUUGCAGAAAAUAGAGAGUGAUGAAGUUUCUGCGGUUUUAAGAUUCAGAGAAUGGUGAUGAAGAUCUUGCAGAGGAUAGGUAGAGUUUUCUUGUUAUAUGUUCUGUUAAGCUCUUAUUGGCAUUGGAUGUGGGGUGAGAUUGUUGGAAACUGAUAUAGCAGCAGGGCGGGGAGUCAUAGAUAAGUCCAUGUUAACUUGAUUGUUAUGUUAUUAUGCUACUUUGUAUACAAUAAGUCAUAAGUCAUCCUUGGAUUUACAUGUAAAUGAAAAAUAUUAUUUUACAUUUUCAGUUUGUGUAAUCUUUUGUCAUUCAACAGAAUCAUUGAGUUUUCCAUAGAGAUGAUGAUUCUCAUUUAUGUAUUAACUGAGUUUGGCGGUUUUGUAUUACAGAGAAGCCAAGGUGCUUGGACAUCUAAAUUGUUGGCGAAAUGCUUUCCUUUGAGAUGAAUGAUCGAAAAAAGAUUGGAUUAGGAUUAACCGGCUUUGGUAUAUUUUUCUCUUUCCUUGGGGUUAUCUUCUUCUUCGACAAGGGAUUGCUUGGCAUGGGAAAUAUCUUGUUUGUUUCUGGAGUGUCCAUAACCAUCAGGCUGAAGUCCACUAUGCAAUUCUUCAUGAAACGAAGUAAUUUUAAGGGAACAAUCUCAUUUGGUAUUGGGUUCUUGAUUCUCAUGUUUGGAUGGCCUAUUUUGGGCAUGAUUAUUGAGGCUUAUGGGUUCAUCGUUCUAUUUAGAUCUCUAGUCUUGCAAGGAGCAAUUCAAGAAAAUGCAGGAAUUCAUAGCAGGAAGAAGUUCCAAGAAACAGUCCAAACUAUAGGGCUGGGCUAUGUUCACACUUUAGUGAAAAGAGCAAGCAUAUUUAUGUGGAGUGUCACUUGUUGAAGACUGAGACUAGAAUCAAAGUGCAGAGGAUUUUAUUGUUCGUAACAUCUUAUUUAUAAUAGUUGAGAUUCUUGCAUUGUCAAUAGAUAUAGACAACAUUGGAUGAAUAACAUG